AUGGCGGAUAACAAAUACGUUGUGGGAUAUGCAAAGCUAGGUACAUCAAGUUGUAAAAAAUGCAAGCAGAAGAUAGAUAAAGGUGGCUUGCGAAUCGGGAAGGUGACCCCAAAUCCUUUUUCAGAGGAUGCUGGAGACAUGAAGCAGUGGUUUCAUCCAGCUUGUAUUUUUGAAACAUUUGUCAAGGCUCGGGCAACGACAAAGAAGAUUGAAGAGCCAGAAGAUGCUGAAGGGUUUGGAGACUUAAAUCAAGAGGAUAAAGAUGCGAUAAAACAGCUCAUUGAGGAUUAUCAUACCAAAGCUGGGAGCAAACCGUCACCAAAGCCUAAAAAGACUGUUCAGACAACACCCACAAGCUCCACUCCAGUGAAGACAACUCCUAAAAAGGAGUCAUCUGGAGCCUCUUCUAAUGGCAGCAUCAAAAGCAAUGACAGAGGGCCUUCAACCAGCCACACGUCUGCUAAAAAAGUGACCACGCCGUCCACAGAGGAUGACCCUUUUGCAGAGAAAGACAACUCUUUUCGAGAGUUUCGCCGCCUGUGUGCCGACAUUGCAGAAGAGAAUAGUUACCUGGGCAAAACAAAACUAGUGAACACUUAUAUCACCAAGGGACACAGUGGAGAUGGCUUCCGUGGUGACCUAUACCUGUUGAUCAAGCUGUUGUUGCCAGGGGUGGUGAAAACUGUCUAUAACCUGAACAAUAAACAGUUGGCGAAGUUGUUUAGUCAGAUAUUUGGGACAAAUUUACAAAGAAUGGUUGCAGAUUUGGAUCAGGGUGACGUGGCUGAGACCAUCCGCUGGGCUUUUGAAGAAAGUAAAGUUCUCCCACCCCAGAAGAAGAGUACUCUGUCCUUGCAGGAGGUUGAUGCUUACCUGAAUGAACUAUCCCAGAUGUCCAAGGAAGAGGACCAGCUGAGGGUGCUGACCAAAGUAGCCAAAAGGUGUACAUCAAAUGAUUUAAAAAUGUUUGUGCGUCUGAUCAAGCAUGACCUCAGGAUUAAUUCUGGAGCCAAGCAUAUUCUGGAUGGCCUUGAUCCCAAUGCAUACGCAGCCUUCCAGGCAUCUCGGAAUCUGCGGGAUGUUGUCGAGCGGGUCACCCAAAAUCAAUCUCAGGCAACUGAGGAUGCCCGGCCAGGAAUGAGCAAGACGUUGAGUGUCAGGGCGGCUUUGAUGACACCGGUCCUACCUAUGCUGGCAGAAGCAUGUAGGUCAGUAGAGCAAGCAAUGAAGAAGUGCCCUAAUGGCUUUUUUGCCGAGAUCAAGUAUGACGGGGAGAGAGUCCAGGUCCACAAACGAGGGGAUGAGUUUAAAUUCUUCAGUAGGUCCCUGAAACCAGUUUUGGAGCAUAAGGUCAAGCUGUUUAGAGACUUCAUCCCCAAAGCUUUUGCCACCAGCAGCAACUUGAUCCUGGACUCUGAAGUUUUGCUGGUUGAUAACAAAACAGGAAAUCCUUUGCCAUUUGGAACUCUUGGUGUUCAUAAAAAAGCUGCCUUUCAAGAUGCCACAGUGUGCUUGUUUGUGUUUGACUGUUUGUUGAUCAACGAUGAAAACAUCAUGAACAGGCCGAUUAAGGAGAGGAGACAAAUCUUGGAGAAGAAUAUGACUCCAGUAAAAAACCACGUGAAUCUUUCAGAGGUUAAGCUUAUCAAAAAACCAGCAGACUUGCAGGAGCUGAUGGCCCGGGUAUUCCGUGAGGGGCUGGAAGGUCUUGUCCUUAAAGAUGUUAAUAGCAUCUAUGAGCCAGGAAAAAGACACUGGCUGAAGGUCAAGAAGGAUUACCUGCAUGAAGGAAGCAUGGCUGAUUCAGCAGACUUGGUUGUUCUUGGAGCAUACUAUGGCACAGGAAAUAAAGGCGGGAUGAUGUCCAUCUUCCUUAUGGGGGUGUAUGACCCAGACAAUGACCGAUGGGUGACCGUGUCCAAGUGUGGCAGUGGACUGGAUGACAAGAAACUGGAGUCCCUUAACAAGGAGCUGGAUGUGGUGAAGAUCAGCAAAGAUUAUUCUAAAGUCCCUCCUUGGCUGCAUGUCAACAAGUCCUUGACCCCUGACUUCGUGGUCGCUGACCCCAAGAAAGCUCCUGUUUGGGAAAUAAUCGGUGCAGAAUUCAGUCAAGCAGAAAUCCAUACCGCUGACGGAAUCUCCAUUCGUUUUCCUAGAAUUCAGAAAUUUCGAGAUGACAAAACAUGGAAGGAGGCAACGGAUUUACCUCGCCUCAAGUUUCUCUUCAAACAGUCCAAGGAGAAGUCUGACAUGAACCUCAUGAAGGCUUUGGGUAAAGAUGGCAGUGGCAGCGAUGAUGAGGAGGGUGAUGGGGACGCAGACAUGGAGAGUGAUGAGGUGAAUGGAGAAGGAGGAGCCAACACUGAGAUGAGGAGCCUCAAGGAGAGCAGGAAACGAGCAGCUAGUGGAGAUGAUGAAGAUGGUGAAUCUUCCGGAAAGAAGGCCAAGCCACUGUGCAGAUAUGGAGCAGACUGCUACCAGAAAAACCCACAGCAUCUUCGGGACUUUGACCAUCAGCAAAAUACUCCAAACCAGAAGAGGAACUCAUCAUCAUCUGCAUCUGAACCACCCGCUAAGACUGCAGACCUUAGCUCUUCACAGUCU